AAAGAGGAAGGGGGCAGUCCUAAGCUGUUAGCCCCUGCAGAGAAGCCUCAGGAGCUCCACAUUGCUGGAAGCAACCCCCAUUACUGAGUCACCAGAGGCCCCUGUGGAGACCAGGAAUGACAGGCCAUGAUUGAAGGAGAAGAGGCUCUGCAUCGCUGAGAGGCAGAACACCCCUUGAAAGUCCACAAGCACACCUUGUGGUGGCUUUUGAGAGGCAGAGGCUGUGGUAGGAGGUGACCUAUGGAGCAGGCUUGCUGGUGUCCUUCCCCAGGCUGUGUAUCCGACCUGCCAAUCACAGGGCCCUGGAUUUUAACGCACUCAAGCAGGGAGGGCACAAGUUCCCCUAUGGCCCCACAGACAAUACCAUCUCUCCCCUCACCCCCAACAGACACUGCUGAGGUUUCCAUGUGGCAGAGCUGAAAUAAGGUUCUGCUUCGCAAGUUCUGUUGCCCUGGGACUUCCUGUUCCAUCUUGACUCUGGGGCAACCUUGUUCCUCCCUCCACUGUAUGAGGAUUGUAUACUUAAAUGCUGAAGAUCCAGAACAGCUGAAUUCAUUUUGCCUCAGUGCUUUCACCUUGGUUGUACUUUAAAUUUUCUCUCAUUUUAAUAUAUAAAUUUGCCCUGUGUUGAUUUUACUGCAGGGGUUUGUGGCUGGUUGUGAGUGUUUCCAGUUUAAAUAAUGACAGCUCAGUUUUGGCAGAGCUAAUGCUGUUGAAAUGAACUUUAUGUCAAUUUGUUAAAUGUUUUGCUAAUUUAUUGAUCUCAGUUGAACAUUUAGUUGUCUGGAACCUGCCCUUUGUACUUAUCUGGCUCAACUAAGCAUGCAUGCUUGUCAGCACUAGAGCAAUGAUAAACCCAAACUCAUAAAGAACAACGAGCGUGAAAUUUCAUGUGCCUCCCUGAUCGACUAGCUUGCGUGAUAAAUAGUUCAGUCAUGUUAGCUGAAAGUGAAGAAGAGGUGAGUACAGGCUCAGUCUUCGCUGUCACAGCUUCCCAGUUAUUGUAAGCUGCCUGUCAGGAAUCUUUGGAGUGGAGGAGCAGUUGCCUAAGUCUUGCCUCAGGCCAGCAUCCCAUAUGUGGAUGUCAGGACGGAGAGAUCCAGCCCUGAGCGCCACUUAUAUAAGGUGUGAAUUCAGCUGAGGCUUGAGCUGUCAGGAAAGUCCCAGGACUGUAAAUCUGAUCCGGAAGUCCAGGAGGUCCUGCAACUCUGUGAACACUGAUCCAUAUUCCAGCUGCCCCAAGGUUUUCUUGCAGGAUGGCAGCUACCUGUCUCGCCAUCUUUCUAAUGCUGGCCCUUUCCUCUAUCUACUGCAUUGUUUCCCAUCCAAGCCCAGAGAUGUGGUUUCAGGGUCUCUUUCCACCUCGUGUGUGCCUUGUAAAUGCCACUGCCAACACCUUUUAUGGCAUCAUGUUUGACGCAGGAAGCACCGGGACCCGAAUUCACAUUUACACCUUUGUGCAGAAAAACCCAGAGCAGCCUCCAGAGCUGGACGGGGAGAUCUUUGAGUCAGUGAAGCCAGGUCUUUCUGCUUACGUUGAUCAGCCUGAAAAGGGUGCAGAAACUGUGAAAGGAUUGUUGAAAAUGGCCAAAGAAGCUGUGCCACGUAGUCUUUGGAAGGAGACCCCAGUGGUCCUGAAAGCUACAGCUGGACUGAGGCUGCUGCCAGAGCCCAAAGCCCAGGCUCUGCUCUCAGAGGUGAGAGAGGUCUUUGAGGAGUCACCCUUUCUGGUUCCAAAUAACAGUGUUAGCAUCAUGGAUGGAUCUUCUGAAGGAGUUUUAGCCUGGAUCACUGUGAACUUUCUGACAGGGCAGCUGUACAGCCAGAACCAGCAGACAGUUGGGAUACUGGACCUGGGAGGAGCCUCAACCCAAAUCACUUUCCUGCCACGGUCUGAGGAAACCUUGGAGCAAACCCCUGUGGAUUUUGUCACCUCAUUUGAAAUGUUCAAUAGCACUUACAAGCUCUACACACACAGCUAUUUGGGCUUUGGACUGAAAGCCGCCAGACUAGCAACGCUUGGAGCCCUGGAAAUGCAAGCAGUGGAUGGACAGAUGUUCCGAAGUUCUUGUUUACCGAAGCGACUGGAGGCAGAGUGGCACUUUGGGGGAGUGAGAUAUCAAUAUGGUGGCAACAGAGAAGGAGAAACAGGAUUUGAGCCUUGCUAUUCAGAAGUGGUGAAGGUCAUACAAGGGAAAUUGCACAAGCCAGAUGAGAUUCGCAGAAGCUCCUUCUAUGCCUUCUCCUAUUAUUACGAUCGAGCUGUUGACACUGACCUGAUAGAUUAUGAAAAAGGAGGAGCUCUAGAAGUGAGAGAUUUUGAAAGGAAAGCUAAAGAAGUGUGUGAUAACUUGGACAGGUACACUUCCGCCAGCCCUUUCCUCUGUAUGGAUCUCAGUUACAUCACUGCAUUACUAAAAGAAGGCUUUGGAUUUGGGGAUAACACACUCUUACAGUUAACAAAGAAAGUGAACAACAUAGAGACAAGCUGGGCCUUGGGUGCCACCUUUCACCUGCUGCAGUCUCUGGGGCUCUCCCACUGAGCCAGCACCCCCUACAGAACAUUGGCCUUUCCAGAAGGAAGAGAGGGCAAGUUCAAAUUUCCAACUGCAUAGCUCAGCAGGAGUCAGUCCUACAGCAAAACAUGGGUUGAAGCUAUGGAAUCAAUUCCCCAAGGACUAAGCAGUUCCCAACUGCAACGAGAGCAGCCACAGUAUGGUUUCUAAAUAACUUCAUUGCCGUAACUGAUACAAAAUCUGCCUCCUGAAAGCCAAAGAGCCUAAAUUCCAACUAGGCAGCCUUGAAGCGGAUUGUGCUUAUAAGCAGCCCGGACACAGCUUCAGUGAAUGGAUUCGUAGAUGCCCCAUUGUACCAGCAGUUCAGAGUGCUUGUCAUGCCCUGGCAAACCACAGACCUUUGGCUGAUGCUUGAUAAUUUUUACAUGUAGAACUGAAGUUUGGCCCAGAGAAUUUUUAAAAAAUAUAAAUAUUCAAACAUAACACAUGCAUUCAAUGCAAAGUGAAAUCCCCAAUGUGUUGUAAGCCUCAGUUUUCAAUGUGUUAGCCCUUAAACUGCUUAAUACUGAGGGCUUUUAACCUUUCAGGAUUGGCUAGUUCCAAGGCAAGUGCUUCUUGGGCAGGUAUGAAGCAGAAAGCAAGAGGUGGCUAGGUUGGCUGUCUUGGUCUAGAAGCCUGGGCCUCUCCCUCCCUGUUCUCCCCUCUGACCAGUCUUGAGUAAGACAGAAUCAGUUCUCUGUUCAGAGGAUGCUGGUUAAGGAGCUAUGGUGAGACAAGAACAGAUGGUUUUUCACUUACUUGAGGUGAAAGGGAGAGGAAAAUGGGAGUAGAGGUAACUUGGUUCCUGUUCAAAUUAGAAUCAGACAGAUCAUUUCCCUCCUCUGGGUUUGUGUUUUAACCCACUGAACUUUAAGUCAAUAAGAGCAGGAACUAUAAUAAUAAUUUUGCAGGGUUGGGUUGAUAACAUAAGCCUAAGCUACUUGGGGGGGAGAAGGGGGAGGGAAUGUGGCUGGCCCUUACAACCAUAGUCUUAGUACAAGACUCAUGGCAAGUCCCUACACUGGGGUAGAGAAAUGUGUGUUUAAUAUUUUAUACAGUUCGUCUGUAGAAACAGAGCACUCAAGGAAGGGGUUGUAGCUUCUCAGUAUUUCCUCCCAUCCCCUCCCCCAACCCAGGCACUCUGGUAUGACAAUACUCAGUUGUUUAAUAGUGUGUUUCAAAAGUGGCAAUUGUAAUCUCUCCUACCCCAAUGCCUAUGUGGAAACAAAAGAGGUUUACAUUUAGAAGCAAAAAGGCUCUCACGAGAUGGCCCAUCACCCAUCCCUGCAGAGGCUCAGUGCCAGCUUGCUUCUUCAGCACAGCCUGGCGGUGGCAGUCUUUUCCCUCUCAUGCUAAACUGCCUGCCCCGUCUCUUCCACCUGAGGUGAGGCAAAGCUCCCAUAAUGACCUGAGAAAUUCCCCUGCAACCUCCUAGUAAAACAGGCCAGUCCCUCUAGUGUAAAAUACCUCAGAACUGGCCUGUGGUAUACAGGGAAUGUAAGAAACCUUUACCACAACCUCAUGCGGAAAUGACUGUUCUGUAUUAUCUGCCAGAGGUAAUGGCAGUACAGUCCAUGCACACAUUACUAGGAGAGUGCAUGCAUCUACUACUACCUAUAAAUCUUGCUUUCAGCAAA